AUGAAGAAGACUUUAGACUCUUAUUUAUCUUCUUGGUUUUCACGAAUCGGCAAAUUUGUCGGUGAAUAUCCUCAACAUUGCAUCGCUGCCACGUUCUUAGUUACACUAAUUUUAGGAUCCGGAUUUCUCAAACUUACCAUGAUACAGGAUUUCGAAUAUCUGUACAGUCCGAGAAACGCGAGAGUUUUGGAAGAUAGAAAAUCCAUCGAGAAUCUGUUUUCUAACGGCGACGGAGCCGAAGAUAGAUUAAUUAGAAGUUCCACAUACGAAAAUUUAAUUUCGGUCAUUGCCUCGGCGAAGAACAACGGUUCCAUUAUGAACACCUCUUCGAUAGAAGAUGUAAUCCAGAUGGAUGUUAUCAUUCGCAACAUCAGCAUCUUUNGUCAGAAAGAGCGGACCACGUGCAUGACCUCGAAAAUAGAAGGACGGGACAAAGGAACUUUACAUAUAUAG